GAGACGGUCUGAGUGUUUGUCUUGAGGCAUUGGCUUGUGUUGUUUAGUUCAUAUCGCCGCUGUUCCAGUUCCUCCGCUGCGACCACAACACGGAAUGACCUCGAACAUGGACGUAAACGGCGAUACGGCGUCCCUGAAACGGAAGCGCGAACCGAAGGACGAUCCGAAACUAUCCCAAAAAAAGCACCGUCGGAAAUCAAAACUCCAAGAGAAUGCGACUGGGGAAGACGCUACGAAUGAUGCGACACUACAAAAAACCGACGGCGACCUUGAGCUUCUCGACGCAUCAUCACAAGCCCUAGCGGAACCUGGACGGGAAAGGCUGGCAUCAUGGAAACUGUCUAAGCCAAUGGGUGGGAGGAUGCUGGACAUUGAUCCGGUCUUCUCCCCAGACGAACGCCACUUGAUCAUCACCUAUAACACCUCAAUCCAGGUGUACUCGACUGAAGACUCCUUGCUUGUCCGCAGGAUCGCCCUCCCCUUGACAAGAACGGACGACGACAACGAGCUCGUGUCAGCGCAUAUUGUUGCCUCGGUGUUGUCCAAGUGCGACGCCGACUACAUUUGGGUCGCGUGCUCAGAUGGACGCAUUUGGUACAUCAAUUGGACAUCUGGCUUGGGCGCAAACACUCCCUUUAAAACCGAGGCCAAGAAAGUGCUGGACGUAACUGUGGAUGCGGUGGAAAUAGGCGGGAAGUCGGAGGAUGUCUUGCUGGUUCUAAAGAGGCUCACUUGGAGCUCUGCGCAAAUAGUUGCCUACAACACCAAGGCACUAUCGACAGGCGCGGGCAAGCUUCUCCACACAUACGACGAGAGCCCGCAAUUACUACGGUCUGUCGCCGGCGGUAGAUUGAUUGUCGCUGCAGCAAAGGAGACAUUGCACCUUGGGCUGCUGAAGGCGAAGAAGGCGGCAUCUCUGGAUGAUUUGACAUAUCGCUUCCACUGCUUCGAUGUCCCGGAUAUUGUUAGCUGCUUGGACAUCCGACACACGACCCGGGUCACCAAGAAAGGAGGAAUUGAGCUCCAAUCUGUCGACAUUGCCGUCGGAUGUGCUCGGGGUGGCAUCUAUGUUUACCAUGAUUUGUUGUCCAAGUUGCCAGGGGAAGGUUCUGGGUCCUCCAAGGCAGGUGUGAUCCAGCCAAAGAAGUAUCACUGGCAUCGCCGGGCGGUACAUAGCGUCAAAUGGUCCGAGGAUGGCAACUACCUCAUUUCCGGUGGCAGCGAGACCGUUCUCGUUCUCUGGCAAGUCGAUACCGGCAGGCUUGAUUUUCUGCCACACCUUUCCGCAACUAUCGAAAACAUCGUCGUCUCGCCCCGAGGUUCUUCAUAUGCGGUUCAUCUAGAUGACAACUCGGCCAUGAUACUAUCCACGGCUGAGAUGAAACCGACCAUGUACGUCUCGGGUAUUCAGUCGCUCGUCCUGGGCGAUCGGCCAUCCAAAGAGUCCCUGGUCCGCCGAGUCUGGCGCCCUACCGAGGAGAUAGCGGCGCCAUUGGUUACCGCCGUCAACCCUCAAAUCCCGUCGCAGAUGUUCGUGUGUGUUGGAAAUGGGCAACAAGCGGCUCUAGGAGGGUCCUCAUCCACGCCACUUCUCCAGGUGUUCGAUUUGUCAUCGUUUCACGGUGUCACCAAGCAUGCGAUUGCGCGCACCAACCCUACGGACGCGAAUAUCACCAGCGAGGGCGUUCCCGUCACAGAACCGACUGCUACUAAACUCACCUUCUCUCGGGACGGCAAGUGGCUUGCCUCGGUCGACGAAUGGCAACCCUCCGAGCGGGACACAGAUGUUUUCCUAACCGGGUCAAAAACGCCCGCAGAGGCAUGCCGAGAGAGGCGCGAAAUUCAUCUCAAGUUUUGGGAGGUUGGGACGCAAGACCAAUCUCUCCAGCUUGUGACUCGCAUUAAUGACGCUCAUCAUACGGACCGAACUCAGCCAAUAUUCGACCUCGCCAGCGACCCGACCUCGUCCCAAUUUGCUACGAUUGGCAAUGAUGGGGUGGUACGGUUCUGGACUUCGCGGAUGCGCAAGAGAGAUGGACUCGCAGCCACCGGCCCCGAUGGCCAGCCAUUACGGAGUUGGUCCUGUUCUCGUACCGUUUCGCUCCCCAUCUACGAACAGCAGGAUGAUUCAGUCGAACCCCCCAAGAAGGCGCCGUGCAGUGGCGCCAUCGCAUUCUCGGAGGACGGCUCCAUCCUUUUCGCCGCUUUUGGGCCUCCCUCCGGCGCGGUGGUAGUGGCCAUUGAUACCGAGACUGGUGCCUUCCGGGACGUCGUUUCUGGCAUGUUCAGGGGCGAGAUCCGUGCCAUGAAGUCUAUGGGAUCAACGUUGAUCAUGCUGUCCGAGGAUCUGGUUGUCUACGACAUCGUGUCGGACGAGCUGCUUUAUAGCUACUCGCUGAAGGAGACGUCGGAGGCUGCCAAGCGGCUUAGCCAGCUCGCAGUCAACUAUGAAUCGCGAAGCGUUGCGCUUGUUGCGCCUGUCCCGCAUCAAAACCAGGACAAGAUGAAGAGAGGCGCGAGAUCAGAGCUUGUGAUCUUCGCCGUCGAAGGAGACGAGCCGCAGCUGAUUAAGACAUUUCCCCAUUUGAUCACAUCAGUGAGCGCUGCCCCGUCUUCAUCCGGGUUCAUCGUGGUCGAUUCGGCAGCCCAGAUCUGGUCCGUAGCCGAAGGCCCCGAGCAAGCACCCUUGCUCCAGCCCUUGGCGGAUCUAGGAGUCGAUGACGCCGCCACUGCUGGAGAACCGACCUCUGGGGAGCUCGAGCUUCAAGAGGGCGAAGCCAGCGAUGAGGAAAUGGAGGACGCCGACCAGGAUGUCGAGAUGGAGGAUGAAGACGACACCCACGCUGCUGUUGUGGCGCCGCAGCGUCUCGCCGAGAUAUUCAACGCUGCCCCGGCCUUCGCCAUGCCGCCAAUCGAAGAUAUCUUCUACCAAGUGGCCGGAUUGUUCUCGACUAAGCCAGUCAACGCUUAGUGUCGGCUAAAUUCAUCCGAUGUUUCCCCCCCCCAACCCACAAAGAAAGGGAUGGUCCGCACCACAGACUGCCUUUGUGCCGGUGCACCGGAGCCCUCUCGAACCUAUUCCAACUAUCGACAGAAUCCCAUGUCAGCAAACCAAGACAGGAAGCACCGCCGGCUUGCUUGGCGCCGGAACAGGGCCCUGGAUGAACCAAGUUUGGACAUGGCACUUCGACCACCCGGGAGCGGGGUGGGGCGGCAACGGCCGGUUCGGAGGUCACGGACGGCCCGCCCAUUCAUGUAGCGUAGUCGGCUCUGUCCUCAAACAGCCGAUGCCGAAGAUUGGCUCUCUGACUCCGCUGCC